AUGUUGCUACCUAAGCUUCUCUUUGUAUCCUAUGCUUCAACUCUCGUUGCUCAAUCCACAGUCACGGUGCGCGACAAUGCCCACAAUCUCACCUAUGUAGGUUUCUCCUUCGCGGGGACCGAACAGUUUCAGGGCAUCAACUUUGGGCAGGACACAUCUGGCGCCAACCGCUUCAAGCCACCCAAAGCCUUCACCUAUCCCACAGGUACCACUAUCCAGGCCACAGCUGCAGGCGCUGCGUGUCCCCAGAACACGAUCUUGUCUUUCCUUGGUGCCAUCAGCGAGAAUCCUGGCGUUUUCAAUGUCUCUGAGGAUUGUCUGAACCUUGAGGUUGUGAGACCUGCAGGAACAAAGCAAGAUGCAAAUCUUCCUGUAAUGGUCUGGAUUUCUGGCCAAGGUGAUGAAGAAGGUUCAUACAACUACUCGUUAUACAACCCUACAGCGCUCGUGACCGGUGCUGCUACCAAGGGCACCCCAGUGAUAUAUGCCUCGAUGAAUUACCGUGUCAAUAUCUUUGGAUUCGCCAACAGCCCCGCGCUUAGGACGGAAGGGUCGCUGAAUGCUGGUUUGCUCGACCAGCGGCUGGCACUUCAAUGGAUCCAGUCCAAUAUCGCAACAUUUGGAGGAAAUCCAAAGAAUGUCACAAUAUUUGGCGAAAGUGACGGCGGUGUCAGCGUGGGCUUGCAUAUGACGUCCUUUGGCGGGAACGGCACUGCUCCCUUCCGGCGUGCUAUAAUGCAGUCUGGGGCCGCAGCGAGCGAUCCUGGUGUCACUGGAGAUGCAACCUCCACGAACACAGCGGCGGUGGCUCAAUUGGCAGGCUGUACAGGGACAAAUAGCAGUCUAGUCUUGGACUGUCUCCGAGAGAUAUCCAUGGUCCAGCUCCUGAAUGCCGUUCUCUUAUUUGAGAAUUCAACUACCGCUACCGAAGCUAAUGGUGCAUCUCAAGAUUUAUUCUUCCCGACUGUUGACGGAAGCUAUAUACCGGUCGCUCCCUCGAAUUUGAUCCGCACAGGUCGGUUUCACAAAAACAUCUCCAUCAUUACUGGGUGGAAUGAAAACGACGGCAGCAUCUUCGUACCUCCAACACUAAAUGGCUCCUCUGCUGCACAGGCUUUUCUGAAUUCAUCGUAUCCGCAUCUCACCUCGACUACGCUAUCAACGCUGAUCUCAAUGUACCCAAUCAGCGACUUCAUUGCGGCCGCCCAAGCCACCCAGAUCUCACCUUAUUUCCUGCAAGCAUCUCAGAUCUACCGCGACAUCAAUUUUGCUUGUCCAUCGAUUGAUAUAUCUCAUCGCGUUACUCGGUUUGGCAGCACAAGCUACCUGUAUGUGCUCAACACGACUUCGUUGAGCAGCGUACUGCAACUUUUCAAUGCCAGCUUCGAAGGAGUCAUUCAUUUUUCCGAUGUACCUUUCGUCUUUAACCAACCCAACGUCGGUUUUGGAACUACGGCCGCGGCGAACGUGACUGCAACCAGGAUGUCAGGCAGUUGGGCUCAUUUUGCCGCAACAGGGAAUCCGAGUGGCGAUUCUGCUAUCACUCUCUCCGGCUGGACUCAAGCCUUUAACAAGACCCAAGCUGCAGUGACGAGUCAGAAUGUGACAGAUGCGAGCAUUAGAGUCAUUGGCGGUCCUCGUGCUGGACAAGCGCAAUUGUCGUCAAAUGGUGGAGCUACAGUGGAGCCUCGGCUUUUGGAACGAUGUGCAUUUAUCAAUUCGGCGGCGUUUUAUCAGCAGCUGCAGACGUAA